AUGCCUCGCGCUUCGAAGUCCGACCGCUCGCAGCAUCGGCCGCUUGAUAUCACAGACAUCAUGCGUCCCACUGCCGGGGUCAUCGACUUUGACCAGACUUCUGAGCAGUCGUACACAUACUCGUCGCCUGAUUGGGCGUCCACUCCUUCACCUGCCAGCCCAUCAUUCCCGAGUACGCCGACGGGUGACUGCGCGUGGAACCUGAUACCCUAUCACAUCCCUUGGGGCAACGAGUACCACGAUUAUCGUCGGGGAAAGCUUCCCGGUCCCGAGGGCGAUUGUAUCUUUCUACGCUCGCCCACACCUAUCAAGAACCAGCGCACGUCCGAGGCGUGUAAAAAGUGUCGCGAGCGCAAAGCUAAGUGCUCUGGCGAGCAUCCUAGUUGUGCGCGUUGCGCCACUCGCGGUUUCACUUGCGAGUAUGCUUCCGCGGAGUUCGACGAGCCUACUGUUCCCAAAGAGCGCAAGCGUAAACGCGAGCCAUCCGUCGCGUCUUCUGCGUCCUCGUCUUCCUCGCCGCAUACACCGGCAUAUCCUGUGAUCGUACCGUCCAACGCGCCGGUCGUACAGCCUUCCCAUCCACAAGAGCGCGCGAUCAAGCGCGAGGAAGUCACCCCUGCGUACUGUCAAAGUCCCAUCCCGGGGCCUUACUGGGAUUCGCCCAACGUGCCGGAUACGGGCGAAGAGUGGUCUGUGGUGUACCCGUCGGCUCACUUUGCUGGCGAGGUCUAUCCCGCCGGCGCUACGUAUGGCUUGCCGCUAUACUACGGGCACCGUCUGCCUUCCCCAGGCCCGUCCCUCUUUGCGCCGCAGCCUAUCCGCCGCUCCUCAGUCAGCGACUUGGAGUUCCCCAUGGACACCAGCUCAGAGGGAUCGUUCUCUUCUGGCGCCACGGACGCGUCGGGCGCAUUCAUGUCUGGAACACUCACGCCUCUUUCCUCGGAGCCAUCUGCCGCUCCAUCUCCUGGCGCUGAGUACGGCCUGUAUCCGCAUCUUCGCUCUCAUGCAGUUCAAUACGCGUGCGCGGGCUUUGGAGCGCAACCUACCAUGCCGCUGGGCAGUUACUGGGCGCCACGCGACCCUGCUGAACCUUACUUCGAGGAUAUGGCGUCCUCCGCUCCGUACGACGUUGCGGCCUAUGUCACAUUCACAUAA